AUGGCUGACUACCCCCCUGAUGUCACCCCUAGCGAAGGCGACAGACUCGCCGAGGUCAUCAAAGAUUGGUCACUUGCUCAUGGGUUGACUGUUAAACCACCUCCAACCCUCAUAUCUGCUGAAGCAGACCCCAAGGGAAUCCUCGCAACCGCCGUUCCGGUUACCCUGUUUCCCAGCCCAUUCCCGCGGGUCUGCUUCGACCAGGGGAUCGCCGUCCAGCAGGCAUACAACGAGUUGUAUGCAUCCAUCAGUCAAGAUGAGGACUUCCUUGCUCAGGUUGUCAAAGAAAUAGGCGACAGCGACGAUUACAUCACGGAACUGUGGAAAGUGCACUUGCGGGUGAAGCAGGAAGGCUACGUUCAAAGCAAGAGUCUCGGGCUCUUCCGGUCUGACUACAUGGUUCAUCAAUAUGCUGCCGGGUCGACACCACAGAUAAAGCAGGUCGAGUUCAACACCAUUGCUUCGUCGUUCGGUGGUCUCUCGUCACAGACGUCCCUUCUUCAUAAGUACCUUGCGUCCAACGAGUAUCCGUGGUUGGAGAAGUCAAUCAAGAGGAACUCGUUGCAACUGCCUCAGAACCAGAGCGCAGCGGGCCUGGCCAAUGGCAUUCGCCAGGCCUUCAUCGAGUACGGACCUUCUGCCACCAAUCACGAAAGAUGUGUCAUUUUCCUCGUUCAGGGGGGUGAGAGGAACAUAUUCGACCAGAAACACCUCGAAUUCGAGCUGCAGAAAUCAGAAGAGCCAAUCAUACCUGUGUUUCGUCUUCCGUUCGCAGAGAUCAUGCAGCACACCAGCAUAGCCGAAGGGGCAGGGCGCCAGCUGUUGUACCGACCGCCACAACUGCCUGCCCACACCUUUGAGGUUUCCGUGAUAUACAUGAGGUCAGGCUAUGGCCCAGGUGACUACCCUGACCAGUCUGCUUGGGAAGCCCGCUAUCAUCUGGAGAGGUCAGCAGCCAUCAAGUGCCCGACGGUCCUCACACAGGUUGCCGGUACCAAAAAGGUCCAACAGGUUCUGGCAACGCCCGAAACACCAUCGAAUCCUUCGAUCAUCGGUCGCUACAUGACUGCAGGCUCGGCCUCCAUUUCCAGCUUGACGUCUACCUUUACCAACAUCUACCCCCUGGACGAGACAGAGGCUGGUCUCAAGGCACGGAAAAUCGCGAUGGACCCCGAGCUCUGCAAGGCUUACGUCCUCAAGCCCCAGCGAGAAGGCGGUGGGAACAACGUCUACCGCUCGUCGAUCCCUGGUUUCCUCAAGACCGUACCAGAGCCGCAUUGGCCAUCCUACAUCCUCAUGGAACUGAUCACGCCUCCGCCGGUAUUCAACACCAUCCUGCGCAGCGGCCAGCUGGAACAUGGAGGCGUCAUCUGCGAACUUGGCAUAUAUGGCGCUUGCAUCUGGGACCAGCAGGCCAAGACGAUAUCGCACAAUGAUCAAGUUGGGUAUCUCCUACGAACGAAGGGUGACAAGAGCGAAGAAGGGGGCGUUGCUGCUGGGUUUGGAUGCAUGGAUAGCUGUAGUCUGGUCUAA